CUUCAGUGCUAUCGGAGCUUGGGAGUUGAGGGUCGGAGGCCGGCGUGAUGGAGAAACGCAGGAUGAACCUGCCCACCGGGCCGGACACGCUGUGCUUCGAUAAGGACGAGUUCAUGAAGGAGGAUUUCGAUGUGGAUCGCUUCGUGUCCGACUGCAGGAAGCGGGUGCAGCUGGAGGAGCUGAGGGACGACCUGGAGCUGUACUACAAGCUGCUGAAGACGGCCAUGGUGGAGCUCAUCAACAAGGACUACGCAGACUUUGUCAACCUCUCCACAAACCUGGUCGGCAUGGACAGAUCCCUCAACCAGCUAUCUGUGCCUUUGGGACAAUUACGAGAAGAGGUUCUGAGUCUUAGGUCAUCUGUCAGUGAAGGAAUUCUGGCAGUAGAAGAACGAAUGUCUAAGCAAGAAGACAUUAGGAAGAAAAAGAUGAGUGUGUUGAGACUUAUACAGGUUAUUCGAUCAGUUGAGAAAAUUGAAAAAAUCCUAAACUCCCAGAGUUGUAAAGAUGCACCUUCCCUAGAAGCAAGCAGCCCUCUCUUGACUGGACAGGUUUUGGAGAGAAUUGCUACAGAAUUUAACCAGCUUCAGUUUCAUGCUGUGCAAAGCAAAGGCAUGCCCCUUUUGGACAAAGUGAGACCUCGCAUAGCUGGCAUUACAGCAAUGCUGCAGCAGUCUCUAGAAGGCCUUCUGCUGGAAGGUUUGCAGACCUCAAAUGUGGACAUCAUCCGGCACUGCCUGCGUACCUAUGCCACAAUUGACAAGACACGGGAUGCAGAAGCUCUGGUUGGCCAAGUCCUGGUAAAGCCGUAUGUUGAUGAGGUGAUCGUUGAACAGUUUGUUAAGUCUCAUCCCAAUGGCCUUCAGCUCAUGUAUAACAAGCUCCUGGAAUUCGUUCCCCACCACUGCCGCCUUCUCCGGGAAGUCACAGGAGGAGCUGUGUCGAGUGAGAAAGGCACUAUUGUUCCUGGCUAUGAUUUCUUGGUGAACUCUGUGUGGCCAGAAAUAGUUCGAGGACUAGAGGAAAAGCUACCCUCGCUCUUCAAUCCAGGGAAUCCUGACGCCUUUCAUGAGAAAUACACUGUGAGCAUGGAUUUUGUACAGAGGUUUGAACGGCAGUGUGGAUCCCAGGCCAGUGUGAAGCGACUCCGAGCACACCCUGCCUAUCACAGCUUCAGCAAUAAGUGGAACCUACCUGUUUAUUUUCAGCUAAGGUUUAGAGAAGUGGCAGGAUCCUUAGAAGCAUCUUUCACAGAUGGGCUGGAAGACGCCCCAGAUGGAAGUCCAUAUUGCCUGUUGGCUUCUCACAGAACCUGGAGCAGCCUGGAGAAAUGCUGGUCGGAUGAGAUGUUCCUGCCUUUGUUAGCGCACCGUCUGUGGAGGCUCACCCUGCAGAUUCUGGCCCGGUUCUCUGUGUUCGUUAGUGAGCUUUCUGACAGGCCCAUUGCUAAUGAAAGCACCAAGGAGACUAGAAAACCUUUGGCUGGCAGCAAAGACGCUUCCGAAGACCAAGGAAGCCAUCCUUCAGAAGCACAGGCGGCGACCAUUUCCAGCACUCAGCUGUUGUAUGUGGUCUCAGACCUGGACAGGCUUCAGGAAUGGCUUCCAGAACUCCUGAAGAUAGUCAAGCCAAAACUUGAAAUGAUCGGCUUUAAGAAUUUUUCAUCUAUCUCAGCGGCCUUGGAAGACUCUCAGAGUUCCUUGUCUGCCCACGUGCCAGCUCUGAGCAGCAGGAUUGUCCAGGGCCUGAGCGAGUCUUGCUUCGGUUAUCUGAAGAGUGCCCUGGAGGUCCCCAGGCUCUACCGCAGAACUAAUAAGGAGGUCCCCAGCACAGCCUCUUCUUAUGUGGAGAGUGCACUGAAGCCAUUUUACCAGCUGCAGCACGGACAUGGGCACAAGGUGAAGCCAGCAAUGAUGAAGCACUGGGUGCAGGAAGCUCUGUCUGAGAGCACACACAGGUACUUUGAGACUGUGUCAGAUGUGCUGAACUCAGUGAAGAAGAUGGAGGAAAGCCUGAAGCGCCUCAAACAAGCCAGGAGAGCCCCAGCCACCAACCCUGUCAGCUCUAGCGGUGGCAUGAGUGACGACGACAAGAUCCGACUGCAGCUGGCUCUUGACGUGGAGUUCCUGGGAGAACAGAUACAGAAGAUGGGCUUGCAGACCAAUGACAUCAAGAGCUUCUCAGCCCUCGCAGAGCUUGUGCUUGCUGCCAGGGACCAGGCGACUACAGAACAGCCCUAGGCAUCCCAGCAGGACCUGGAGCGUGGAAGAAAGCGACCCUGUCCCCUGAGUCACCCAGCAACAGCCUGCACCCCUGCCCAGUAUAUGUGGGCCCUCUUUCACCGAGAAAGAACUAAAAGCCUUUCCAUUGUAUGGAAGAUAGUUUUUUAUGUCAUUUCAAGCUUUUUACUAUAGUUUACUGAACAAAUUGUUUUAUUUUUAUUGUAAAUCUUAAUGUAGACAAGGUGAUUUCUACAGUAGGAUUAAAGUAAAUAUCCAAGUGUGGCUAUACUGCCCUGCAGAUGAAGCACUGGCCAGCAGGGCAUCACCACAGUGUAGAAACACUGUCUCCAGCCCAGGAGACACUGCCAGUCCUGGGCCUCCUCAGAGGCUACACGAUGGCCAUCUCAUCUUGGCACGUAAGAAUAGCACUUCUGAUCUUGCCAUCUACUCCUCUGUCAGGAGCCAGAGCUGACAGCAAAGAUUCAUUUCCUAAAUAAAGAAAGUGUCUUCUGCAAA